AGUCUGGUCUGGUGUCGGAGGAGGCGCUGGCAGCCACCCGAGGUGCCCGCGACUUGCUCUAUCUACGGGACUUGGUGCUAGAUGGCGAGUUUGACACUGCUCUGGCGUAUCUAGCUCCGUUGGAGGCUUCGUUGAAGGAUGGAUAUGUUGCUGCUUGUCGUGAGAUUAUGACUCAGCGCUUGCUAGAGCUGCUGUUCGUGCAGGACGCACCUGAUGCUGCUGCCGUGGGUGCAGUCCUUGAUGCCCUGCGCGCGGUCUCGUCCAAGGAUGAGUACAACGAGCUCUGCUUCUUGCUUACUCUUGACGACCUCUCUGCUGCCCCGCAGUAUGCGGAUUGGUCACCAGCCCGUGGUCGCGCCCGCUGCUUUGACGCUCUCCUCGACGUUCUGGUCCUUGUCGGGCCCGACGGCUCGCGGCUCUCGCUCUUCUCGCCGUCCAAGUCGGUUGCUGUCCGUGCCGAGCCGCCGCCGCGGCAGCGGAUGGAGACCCUGCUCUCGCAUGCACUGCAGCAUCAGAUUGCUCGCCUCUCCGCAGCCUCCGACUCGGGCUUGGUCCGUCCGCGCCUCCCAGCCUACGUCUCGCUCCUCGCGCCCCCGCAGCUGCCAGAGGCUGCGGAUCCGCUUGCCUCUCGCCCGGUCCUUGAGCCGACGAUCUCCCUCGAGCCGCCGAAGCUCGCCUCGGCCCGGCGCAAGGAGCUCACUUCCGCCGUCGCCGCCUCGACGGUGUGCUUCCCGUCGGGCGCGCUCCGGUCGAUGGCCCGCGCCAAUCCGCGGACCGCACCCGGGCCGGCAGCCGACAACACACCGGCCCAAGCUGGGCCGCCGACCGCAUCGCCCGCUGCACCGUCCGGCGACACCUUUGCUGCCCGUCGACGCCUGGCAAAGUCGAUGGCCGCGCCAACCAUGACCUCGCUUGCCCACGAAGUCGCCCCUGCCUCGCCCAACUCGCCCAACAUGCGCUCGGCUUCCGGGGCAACCACGCCUCCUGAUUCUGCGCCGCCUGUGCCAUCGCCGGCUCCAGCACCGAGGCCGACGCCGGCGCCGAGUACGCCAACUCCUGCCCAAGUUGCCACGCACAGUGACGACGACGAAGGCGAUGAGACAGCAUCUGACGACGCGCUGCUCUCGUCGCAGCUAAUGUUUGUGCCGCUCUCACCGGCUAAGGUCCGGACCGACCGCAAGCGGUCGCGCCAGCCGGCCAAGCGUGAGGCUGCGCGCGUGACGCCGAGCUCGCCGUCGUCGAUCGAUGCCAGCUCUGAUACUGGCCGCGACCCGCUGCAUCUCACCCAGGCCCAACGGCGGCGGAUGAAGCAGCUGCAGCAGUCGCUCAAUGCCAAGGAUCAGGCGCGCAAGGAGCGCGCAGCCGCCGCCAAGGCCCAGCGGCGGACACACUCUGCAUCAACGGUCCGGAAGACCGGCGCGCCCGAGUCGUCGGCCGAGACCAGAGCCCGCCCGCGGACUGGCUCCGAUGCCCGUCGCCAGCACGCUCGAGAGAACGAGCGCUCUGACUGCGACUCGCCAGCCCGAGCUCGAGUCUCGCGCUCUGCACACGGGCGCGCGCUGCUCGGUAAGGGCCCGAUGGCUGCUGUCGGAACCGCCUCGCCGGUGUCUGCCGCCGACCACCCGCGGUCGCGGCGUGAGCAGAUUAAGGAGGCCAAGGCCGAGGCCUGGCUUGCCCACACCAUGGACGCCAUCCACUCGAUCCAGCUUGCCAACCGCAAGUCAAUCGAAGUCAAGCAAGUUGAUGGCGGGAGCAAGGACCACUCGCCUGUCCGUGCCUCUCGCCCACCGCGCUCUGCGGUUGUGCCUUCGCCACAGCACGCGUCGUCGCCAACGGCCCACAAGUUUAACGCGGCUCGUGACUCGCUCGGCCGUGCGCCGUCGCCCGUCCGGGCGCGGCGGCCGCACACGGCGUCGUCCGCGCGGUCGUCGGUCGACGCCAGCCGCGAUGCUGCAUCUGAAGGGCCUUCGAUGGCGGCUUCACGGUCCAGGGAGAGCUCACCGCUUCCUUCCGGCCUGGCCUCGCUGGAGCUGACCGGAGGCGGGAGGUCGCCCGAGCCGGUGACGCGCCCGAUCUUUGACCGCGUUCGCCCCGCCUACCUCUACCGCGACGUGCAGGCCAUCCGGUGCAUUUCCUUUGACGAGGUGAGCGGAGACGGGCUUGUGGUGGGAACCAACUCGAAGAAGCUGCUUAUUGGCCGCACACCGCGCGAUCUAGUCGCAGGCGAGAUGCCCGGCCGCCUUGACUUUGACACCACGCUCGACAAGUACCACAUGGGCUCGGUGUACUGUGUGGCAUGGCAUGGUGCCGCCACGUCGCAGACCGCGCUGAUUGCCUCGGGCUCCAACUCAAAGGUGAUCAAGGUGUACGCGCCCAGCUCGCGGGCCACGGUCGUCCUUCGCGGGCACUCGGGGACUGUUCGCGACCUGGCGUUUGCGCCGGGAUCGACGGUCUUGUACUCGGGCGGUGCGGGACGCGCCAAAGUCAAGAUUUGGGACGUCGGGACUGGCGUGGCGUCGGCGACGCUUGCGGGCCAUACUGGGCACGUGUACGCGGUUCGCGGCGGUGUUGGAAGCACCGAGCCGGAGCAUGGUGUGGUGUCGGCUGGCCUCGACGGGACGGUACGGAUGUGGGACGCGCGUGCGAGUGUGCCGCUCGUCUCGACACUGCAUCUCAGCGAUGAAGUGUACGGCUUGGACGUCGGCCGGGUCGGAAGCCUCGUUGGCGUCGGGCUCGCGUCGGGCGUCCUGGAGCUCCACGACAUGCGCCGGAUGGUGGCGGGCGCGCCGCUCGUCUCGGCUCCGCUGCACACCGAUGCCAUCAAGUCUGUGGCGCUCAAGGGGGGCUACGUGCUGACCGGCUCGUACGACGGAUGCGUGGUGGUGGCAGACACUACGUCACUGCGGACGCAGGGGUGCUACAAGGCGCACGACGGCAAAGUCAUCCAAGUCGCUUGGCACCCGCGGAUCGACGGGGUCUUUGCGUCGUCGUCGGCCGACAAGACGGCGCGGGUAUGGGCGCCAAGCAGCUAAAAGCCAGCCACAGCAGCGAACAAGGACGUGUCACUUUUUACUCGGGUACGGGGAGGCCGAGCGCCUUGAGAUCGGCGUGGUAGGUCUUGACCGCCAU